AUGUUUCCUACUGCCAUUCGUCUCUCCAACGCUGUGCGCGUCACUCUCUUCACUCGUGCUGGCUGCGGGCUCUGCGACACAGCCAAACAUACCGUGACGCAAUUGCACAAGCGACGUCCCUUCGAGUAUACCGAGACGGACAUUGCUCUUCCCACCAACAAGCCGUGGAAGGAUGUUUACGACUUUGACGUUCCAGUUCUGCAUGUGCAGACUGUCAAGGGAGAUGCGUCUCUCUCCGAUCCGAAGAAGCUUUUCCACCGAUGGACCGAGCAGGAGAUGGAGACGCUGAUUUCCGAGGCGGAGAACAAGCAGUUGUAA